CUCUUAAAACCUUUUCUUGUCCCAACAAAAAAAAACUCCCAACGACAGUAAAAAAAAAAACAGAACACAACAAAAGAUCCAACGAUGUCAAGUUCCGUCAGAAAGAACAUGGAGCGGAUCAAAGGCCCAUGGAGUCCAGAAGAAGACGAACUAUUACAGAGUCUGGUGCAGAAGCACGGUCCAAGAAACUGGUCUUUGAUAAGCAAAUCUAUCCCCGGACGCUCCGGCAAAUCUUGCCGUCUCCGGUGGUGCAACCAGCUAUCUCCGGAGGUAGAGCACCGUUCCUUUUCGCCGGAAGAAGACGAGACGAUUGUUCGAGCGCACGCUCGGUUCGGUAACAAGUGGGCGACGAUCUCACGUCUACUCAGUGGAAGAACCGACAACGCUAUCAAGAAUCAUUGGAACUCGACGCUCAAGCGAAAAUGCAGCGCCGUUGCAUCUGAUGGGUAUGACGGUAAUAUCGGAGAAGAGCAACCGUCGAAGCGUACGGCGAGCGGUGGUGGUGGUGGUGUGUCUACUGAGUUGUAUAUGAGCCCCGGAAGUCCUUCUGGAUCUGACGUCAGCGAGCAAUCUGGUGGUGGGCAACACGUGUCUAGAUCUGGUGCUGUGAAUGAGAUGACGGCGUCAUCGUCCGGUGAAGAUCCGCCGACGUAUCUUAGUUUAUCUCUCCCUUGGAAUAACGAGACAGAGACGGUUAGAGUCAACGAGUCAACUCAACUAAACGAGGAUACGGUUAUUGAUAAUGGUUACACGGCGGAGCUGUUUCCGGUUAGGAAGGAAGAGGUAGAGGAAGAGAAAGAGAUGUCAGGAUUUGGUGGUGAGUUCAUGACGGUGGUGCAGGAGAUGAUUAGGACGGAGGUGAGGAGUUACAUGGCGGAUUUACAGCGAGGGAACGUCGGUGGUGGUGGUGGUGGUUCGUGUGUUCCGCAAGGUGUAAUGAACCUUCGUGUCGGGUUUAGAGAGUUUGUAGUGAACCAAAUCGGCAUUGGGAAGAUCGAGUAGAGUGAUGACUGAUUAGUGAGGCUUCAAAGCUUUUCAUGUAUAGAGAAAUGGUUAGAGAGAAGCAAAUUAAAAAUGUUUUGUAAUCAUAUGAUCUUUCGUGAUUCAAAUCAGAAGGAAGCAAAGAUCAUACAUAUUACAUACA